AUGGACUUCAUAUCCAUUUCGCUGGGAAUUUUGAUUAUUGAAGCUGUUUUCCCCCUAAAUUCUCUAAUCCUAACAGUGACAUUCGCCAGCAUACAUAUCGUGUACUGUUUUGCCAUGCUUAGAGAGAUGGCAAAUAGAACAUUAGUGUUGCAAAAUACAACUGAUGGCAUCUCGAGCCCCAUAGCGGCGCACAUCCUAGACUUCUGCGACGAUGGCAGCGGCGGCGACCUCUUCGCGGCCGUGAACACGGCCUCGGACAUGUUCACGGCAUCAUCAGAGGAUGCCUCGUCGUCGUCCGUAACAACGCCUCCCGCGCCCUGCGGCCACGGCGACAACGUGUCGCUGGGCGCCGCCGCGGCCGCGGCCGCUGUCUCGGCCUUCUCCCCGAUGCCGUCCCUGGACUCCACCCUCUCGGCUCUCCUCGAAGAAGAAGACCCACCAGUUCCUGACACUGAACUCCUCCUCCCCAUCGACUACCAGUUCACGGCGGCGGCGGCGGCCGGAGAUGAGCCUCAGCCCGAGCAGCAGUUCGCGCAGGUACCGGUGGUGCUUCCAGUGGCCGGCGCGGCGGAACACCCGUGUCUGCAGACGCAGAUGAGCAGCACGGCGUCCGAGCUGCUGCACGUAGCGUCGUCAGGGUACACCGACGAGUGCUUCGCGGCGGCAAUGGCGGCCGGAGGAGGUUACGUGGGCCUGGACGAGGCCCUGUGCCAGCAUCAGCAUCAGCCACAGCCGCAGCCCGGCGCGUUGCUCCCGGCCGGCAUGAUGGAAACCGCCGCGCAGGGCUGCUACUUCGGCAAGGACACGGCGGCGCAAGCAGGCGGCGGCUUCUUCGGGACCGGUUGCGGCGGCAUGAUGAUGUCCAUGAUGGGGAUGGAGGAGAUCGGCGAGUACCAGCGGAUGAUGGAGAGCGCCAGCGCCGCGCUGGCCGCCACGCACAGCCCCGACGCGGACUCCGCCGCCGCCGCCGCGGCGCAGAUGGCGUUCGGCGGCAACGCCGGGGAAAUGCAGAUGGGCGGCGGCAGCAUGAGCCCCGGGCGGCUGCCGGCGGCGGCGACGGAGGCGUCCAGCCUGGAGGACGCCAACUUCAAGAGCGCCCGCAUCACCGUGGAGGAGAGACGGGAGAAGAUCCACAGGUACAUCAAGAAGCGGAACGAACGCAACUUCAGCAAGAAGAUCAAGUACGCUUGCAGAAAGACCCUGGCGGACAGCAGGCCCCGCGUCCGCGGCAGAUUCGCCAAGAAUGACGACUACGGCGAGCCGUCGAGGGUGAUGCAGAACCACGAGGAAUACAACCACAUGGCCGGCAUGAAGCCAGAAGACAUACUGGAUCCCGACGCCCUGCAGGCGCACAUCAACGGGAUGAACUCCUACAUGUACAACCACACUGUUGAAUCCUGGAUGUAA